AUGUCCAACACGGAUUGGCUGAUACGUAACCUAGACCUCGCGACGCAAUGGGCCGUGAAGAUAGCAGACGCGUACCACAAGGUCAAAGGGGACAGAACCCAGAUGGUGUUCUUAGGAGACCAGACCGUAGCAUCGCUGCUACAGAUUGUGGCGCGAGGCUACACAAACCCAGAACCCGCCCACCCAGAACCCGCCCGCCUAGAACCCCAAACACCCAUUCGGACGAAGCAACAAGCGCCGCAACGCUUUACACCCCGGACGCCGGCGAUCAAGGCAGAGGCUAACCUAUACCAAUGGAUCAGGAACCAGUCCCCGAGAUCUCCGAUGCCUACAAUAGUUUACCGUACCAGAGUAUUUACAGAGCUCCGCAAGAUGACACUCCGAGAGGCAGAAUACCUCUGCAAGGUAGCUAACGAAGCGGGCGAUGGAUUGAUGCACGGCACGGGAGUCCGCGUAGGGCUGUGGUCCGAAAAUGACCCUGUACAACUACAGAGUCUAACAGACUGGGACGACAACACCUACGAAGCUACAGACGCCUACUACGUACCGACAGCUGAGGUCGGUAACAAGUACUCCUACUACCUAGCGCAGAGUCCGCACGACACCCUCUACGCGCAGAACCCGCGACGACAGCCUCCGGGAGAACGAGAGAGACAGAUCCAGGUCCCCGAGACGUGA